GCCCCGGAGGCCCCAGGCCGCCAGAACCUGAGCGGGGCGGCGGCCGGGGAGGCGCUGGUCGGGGCGGCUGGCUUCCCACCGCACGGAGACACGGGGAGCGUGGAGGGCGCCGCCCAGCCCACGGACAACGGCUUCACCCCCAAGUGCGAGAUCGUGGGCAAGGAUGCGCUGUCUGCCCUGGCCCGGGCCAGCUCCAAGCAGUGCCAGCAGGAGAUUGCCAACGUGGUGUGCCUGCACCAGGCCGGGAGCCUCAUGCCCAAGGCUGUGCCCCGGCGCUGCCAGCUGGCUGGGAAGAUGAGCCCCGGCAUCCAGUGGGACGAGGUCCAGGCCCCGCAGCCCGCGGAUGGCCCCCCAGUCCGAAUCGCCUACAUGCUGGUGGUUCAUGGCCGUGCCGUCCGCCAGCUGAAGCGUCUGCUCAAGGCUGUCUACCACGAGCAGCAUUUCUUUUACAUCCACGUAGACAAGCGCUUCAACUACCUGCACCGUGAGGUGGUGGAGCUGGCCCGGCAGUACGAGAACAUGCGGGUGACACCCUGGCGCAUGGUCACCAUCUGGGGCGGGGCCAGCCUGCUGCGGAUGUAUCUGCGGAGCAUGCAGGACCUGCUGGAGGUGCCCGGCUGGGCAUGGGACUUCUUCAUCAACCUCAGUGCCACCGACUACCCGACCAGGACAAACGAGGAGCUGGUGGCUUUCCUGUCCAAGAACCGGGACAAGAACUUCCUCAAGUCACAUGGCCGGGACAACUCCAGGUUCAUCAAGAAACAGGGCCUGGACCGGCUCUUCCACGAGUGCGACUCGCACAUGUGGCGGCUGGGCGAGCGGCAGAUCCCAGCGGGCAUCGUGGUGGACGGCGGCUCGGACUGGUUCGUGCUGACGCGCAGCUUCGUGGAGUACGUGGUGUACACGGACGACCCGCUGGUGGCCCAGCUGCGCCAGUUCUACACGUACACGCUGCUCCCCGCCGAGUCCUUCUUCCACACGGUGCUGGAGAACAGCCCGGCCUGCGAGAGCCUGGUGGACAACAACCUGCGGGUCACCAACUGGAACCGCAGGCUGGGCUGCAGAUGUCAGUACAAGCAUGUCGUGGACUGGUGCGGCUGCUCGCCCAACGACUUCAAGCCGCGGGACGCCCUCCGGCUGCAGGUGCCCCCCGCCCCCCAAUGA